AUGACACAGAGAGAUGCAACACUUGGUGUCUUAAUGGAUGCGACAAUGGCAGAGGCGGUUCCUGCAAACCUCUUUCUUAUGGAGCACACCAAUGCCACUGUUUCUGUUAAUGUGGUUUUGAAGAAGGAAGCAUACGAUAGAGAUACACUGGACACGUCUAGUUGCUCGCAACCACAAACGAAAACGAACAAAAUAUUCUUUCUCUUCUCUUCGCUUGCGACUCCAUUGGAGAAGAAGAAGAUUAUGCUUCUCUUGCAACCUCCACUGGUUUCAACUCGAUUUCAUUCCCUCUACUUCAUCACUCGCCGUCCCUUCCCCUUCGUCCGACCACCCAUUUCCGCCACCGCCUUCUCUGCUUUCCCAUCAUCAUCAUCAUCAUCUCCGUCUUCAAUCUCCUCCUGGAAUAAUUUGGAUUCAAGGGAAGAGGAAGAAGACGACGAUGAAUCUCUUCCCUCCCGUCGUUACGACUUCUCUCCGCUUCUACAAUAUCUCUCCAGAUUCGGAUCCAUCGAGUUAGUCUUAGAGGAAUCGGACUCUGUUACUUCGCCGAAAUCUCUUGACCCGGCGGAAUUUCACCUCGCAGAGUCAUACAAGGCGGUACCAGCACCGUACUGGCACUCGUUACUAAAAUCGUUAUACUAA